UUAAAUUAAACAAUAAUUUAAUAUAUAAAAAAAAUGGCUGGUGAAGUUAUUGUGGAUGCCCUGCCGUACAUUGACCAUGGAUACGACGAUCCUGGAGUUAGGGAAUCAGCGCUAGCCAUGGUUGAGGAAGAGUGCCGACGCUAUCGGCCAACUAAAAACUAUUUGGACCAUUUACCCCUGCCGGCUAACUCGCCAUUUGAGACACCGUUGAUGGUGAAUGAAUUUGAACGAAUACAAAACCGUCUUCCAAUGGAAACACUGUCGAUGAAGAGGUAUGAGCUGCCACCGCCACCCUCUGGUAAACUGGCCGAAGUGGCUGCUUGGCAAGAGUCCAUUGAGAACUCAAUGGCACAGCUGGAACAUCAGUGGGUACGUUCCAUCAACCUCGAAUUGAUGCUAGAAUAUGGCACAGAGGCUUGGAAAUCCUACCUGGAGGUGUUUACCGCGAUGCAAGCAAAGGCGCAAUUGCAAUUGCAGCAGCUUAAGAAGGACAUGCAGGAUAUAAACUGGCAGCGAAAACAGGCGCAAACACAUGCAGGCGAGAAAUUACGAUCCCUCGAGGCCCACUGGGUUUUGUUGGUGUCCAAAAACUACGAGAUAGAAACCGAGAGCGCCGAGUUGGAGAAACUUGUGCAUGCAGCGCGAGAGCAAUUGAAAAAACUAACUCCUCCGUCAAACGAGACAGCACCAACACCAGAGCAUACCAACGGAUAUGGGAAGGAGGAGGAUGAGCAACAACAAGAAGAAGAGGAACAGCAACAAGGGGAAGAGGAGAAGCAUGAGUCUCAAAAUGAAAAAGAGGCAGUUGUAGCCGAUGAGAAAAUGGACACAGAAGUCGAUGAGGAAAGGGAGGAUGUGGAUAAAAGCAGUAGUAAUGAUGAUGAGACAGCAGAGGAAGAGAGCUCUAAUGAUUCGUAACUUUAGUUUAAGAAUUUGUACAAUUGGAAAUACAUUUAUAUUAGAGUUUGAGUUACAGUAUAACAAGCAAAUUGCGAAUAUAUAUUGUAUAAAUAUAGGAUUCCCAUGUAUGCGUAUUGUGAGUAACUAUGUAAUUGUAAUUGCAGUGGGCGAGCACCAUCGGCACAUUCGAUAACCUUUGGGCUCCAUUGGAUAUAUAUAUAUAUAUAUGUAUGUAAUGUAUAUGUAGUUAAUAAUACAGCUUGAUUCAUCGCAUGGCA